UUCAUAUUCAUUCUGAUUGGUUCCAAAAUGAUUGUUUAAAAUCUCUUUUAUUCUAAUUUUAUUAGAAUAUUAAUUAUAUAUAAAUAUUUUUAUAUAUUUAAAAAGAUUCAUUUUUUGAAAUAUGUUUUUAAUAAAAAUUUUUUCGAUUAUAAAAAUAGUGUAUUUAAUAAUAUUAAUUUUAUAUUUUGUAAAAGUAAAAAAUUAUGAAAAUUUAUUUUUUUUUUUUGAUUUAUCAUAAAUAAUAAUAAUAAUUAUAUUUAAAUUAAAAACAAUUCAUAAUUUAAAAUUUAUUUUAUAGCUUUUUAAUGUAUUAAAUCAUAUAUGAAUAUUCAAAUUUUUUAACAAUAAUUUCUUUAUUCUAUAUAAUUUACAUAUUAUUCUAAAGAAACUGAAAUAUAUUAGGCGUUUUCUUAAUUAUUUCUUAAUUAAUGUCUUAAAUUAUAUUUUUGUAGAGAAUUGUAAUAAUAAAUAAAUAUAUAUAACAAUUAAUAUGUAAUUAAUAUUUCAUUCGUAUAAUAAUUUGAAAUAUUUUGAAAAAUAUAUUUUAAUUUUUUUUAAAUAAAUAAUAUUACAAUAUAAUUUUUAGAAUAAUUAAUAUUAGAAUUAUCAUUUCAAAAUUAAAUUUAAAUUGAUAAGAUUGUAAAAAAUAUAUAAUAAUUUCUAUUUAUAUUUUUUUUCAACAAACAAGUAAUUAAAAUUCAAAUAACAAUAAUUUCUAUAAAAAUAUAUGAUUCAUUUCUUUAUUCUUUACAUAUUAUAUGUGUUUCAAUUUCAUGUCGCAAGAUUGAAAAUGGCCUUAAUUUAUAAUAUACUAAAAUAAAAGAAUAACAUGAAAAAUAUUGUUAUAAUUAUUUGUAAAUCCAAUUAAAAUAAAAAUAUGUCUUUACUAAUAUGAAAAUAUAAUUAUAAAUUUUAUUGUUUUAUUUAUUUUAUAAAUAAAUUAUGAUAAAUAUGGAACGAAAGAAAUUAUAUCAUAAAAGUAAAAAAUAUUUAUUACAAGUUUUACAUCAUUACGAUUUAAUAAAUUAUUUUUAUUCUUUUAUCUUUUAAAUAAUUUUAGAAUUAUUUUACUGUGAUUAGAGUUUUGUUUGAAACAACUAUGAUAUUUAGUUAUAUAUAUCAACAUGAACUGUAUGAAAAUAUGUCCAUAAAAUCAGCGAAGUGCAUGAAAAUGUGUCCAUAAAAUUAACACAUAUCAAAGUAUAAAUGGACUUUAGACUAUUUAGAUUUACUAAAUAAUCAAAAUAUCAAACAGACCAAUCAAAUAGUAGUUCGACUAUAUAUAAAAAAGAUUGUACAGUUCUGUAAAUAUUUCAACAGAUAUUAUGAAAAGAUAAUUAUACACUUUUGUUUCGUAUAAUUUAUCGAUCUGUUUGUUAAUUAAUAAUGGCACGAGCACUUGUAGGUGUAAAAAGAGUUAUCGAUUAUGCAGUUAAGAUUCGUGUUAAAUCAGAUAAAACAGGUGUUAUAACAGAUGGAGUAAAACAUGCAAUGAAUCCUUUUGAUGAAAUUGCAAUUGAAGAAGCUAUACGAAUGAAAGAAAAGAAAUUAGUACAAGAAAUAAUUGCAGUUUCAUGUGGACCUCCACAAUGUCAAGAUGUGAUAAGAACUGCCCUUGCAAUGGGUGCUGAUAAAGGAAUUCAUGUAGAAAUAUCCGGAUCUGAAUAUGAAACUUUACAACCUAUUCAUGUUUCUAAACUUUUGGCCAAAUUAGCUCAAGAAGAGAAAGCAGAUUUAAUCAUUGUUGGAAAACAAGCUAUAGAUGAUGAUAGUAAUCAAACUGCACAAAUGAUUGGAGGUAUUUUAGAUUGGCCAACUGGAACAUUUUGUAGUAAAAUUGAAAAAAAUAAUGAUGACUUAACUGUUACACGUGAAGUUGAUGGAGGUUUAGAGAUUGUUAAAAUAAAAAUGCCAACAGUUUUAAGUGCUGAUUUACGACUUAAUGAACCACGAUAUGCUACAUUGCCAAAUAUUAUGAAAGCUAAGAAAAAACCAAUUAAAAAAGUAACAGCAAAAGAUCUUGGUGUAGAUACUACAGCAAGAAUUGAAAUUUUAUCAGUUGAAGAACCACCAGUUAGACAAGCUGGAACUAUUGUACCAGAUGUUGAUACAUUAAUUGCAAAACUAAAGGAAAGUGGACAUGUAUAAUUAUUAAUACUGUUAUAGAAAAGUUUGUUAUAUUAUAAAUAUUUUAUAAUAUUUUACAUUUAUAUUUUUUACUAAAUUUUGUUUUAUAUAAAAAAAUUUUUUAAACAUUAUGAGGUAUACUAUAUAUUAUACUUUAAUAAAUUUUUUUCUAUAGUAAAUAAAA